GUUAACUAUUAAAACUUUCUGAAAUGUCUGUAAUAUUUAAUGCGAGUGUAAAUACUAAAAGCGCUGUUGAGUAUCAGACAAUAUCAUCCACACAAAGUCAUUUAGCGGAGGAGCAGUCGGAGCGCUUGCACAAGUGGAUUUCAAAGGAUCAACUCGAGAAACUUCAUUCGGCGUUUCUAAACACUCCCGAGCGUCAUGUUGGCAUUGAUGAAUUGCGUAUCAUACUUGAAGAACUAGACAUAACGUUCAAUGAUUCAAUGUAUACACGGCUCUUUUUAAAGAUUAAUCAGAAUCGUGAUUUUAAGGUGGAUUGGAAUGAGUUUGUAUCUUAUUUAAUAUUUGGCUUUCAAGAGGAGGAUCCGAGCAGCCAAAAGGAGUCUUUAAUUUUACCAAUCUCCGGACCCCCAAUGGUUAGGAAAUCAGAACACCGUUCAGCUAUAUGUUGUUUGGCCCUCCUCAAAGCCAAAUCGGACCAAAUACCAAUUGAUGAAGUAACCGAGACUAUUAACUUUUCCUUUGGCGGUGAGGAUUCUCCAGAAGCUUCUGGAAUGUGGGUCACGGCCAGCCACGAGGGAAUGAUGCGUUUUUGGACAUCUCAUAUGGAACCAAUUCGAACUGCAUCGUCGGAAAGCAGAUUUUCCAGGCUAUUUUUGGAACCUUCCCUUUUAAACCUUCCCUAGACCUCCACGAAUAAUUUAAGACCAAGGUGAGAUAAAUCCGUUCAGCCGUUCUCGAGUUAUACUAUAUUAUAUGAUAUUAUAUUAUUUUAUAAUUAUUAUUAUAUUAUAUUUUUUUACGUUUACUUACCAAAUCAUCUGGUCGGAAGACGAUUAUCCUGUACCUUUGCUUUCCUGCCGUCUUCCACGCCCUUUUCUGUAACAGUGGGAUCAGCAAUCCAUCCUGAAACGCGUGGCUUGAC